AUGGGUUGUAUCUUGGAUGAGACUAAGAUUGACUGGCAACGUGCAAAGGACCCAGACAACGUGUUAGGCGGCAGGAGUGAGUUUCAAGUGACAAGCCUGGAGCACAGUGCAGUGGUUCCUGCUGCUGAACUACAGCAGUGUGAAUCCAGCGGACACAGGAUUUUCUGUGGGCAGACCUUGCAGACAAAUGUCACACCUGAGUCUGCAUCACAAAUCCAGGAGCUGGAACUGAAAGCACGAGAAGGAAAAACUGAAAAGACAGAACAGCCUGGUCUUUGUUCACUCACAGUCAUGGCUCAGUUCUCUUGGGAACCCAGCUUCCCUGAAUAUUUAAUGACGUGUAAAGCAGAAAACACAAUCAUUCCUCAGGAAACCAUCCAUUCCAUUGAGCAGCAACUGACAAACGGAAACAUUCAGUGGGAAAAAUCUGUACUAAGGGAUACAGUAAAAAAUAUUGAUGACAUCCCAAUCAACAUUGCUGUGAUGGGAAAGUCUGGAGCAGGGAAGUCCAGCUUCAUCAAUGCCCUGAGGGAGGUUGGUCCUGAAGAGGAAGGUGCAGCUAAAGUUGGGAUAGGAGAGUCAACUAUGGAGAGAAUUCCAUACAAAUACCCCCAAAUUAAAUCUUUGAAUUUAUGGAAGCUGCCUGGCAUUGAAACUAUGGACUUUCAGCGAAUAUAUUAUCUGGAGAAAGUGAAAUUCCAAGAGUAUGACUUCUUCAUUAUUGUUUUUGACACGUGUUUUACAAAACUUGAACUAGACCUUGCCAGAAAAAUAAAACUUAUGAAUAAGAAUUUCUACUUUGUGAGAACCAAGGUGGACAUUGAUUUCCAUGAGAAAAAGGAAGUCCAACUACACACCUUUGACAGAGAAAAGAGCCUGCAGCAGAUGAGAAGCGACUAUAUGAAUACCCUUUGUCAGAAUGACAUGGAUGCACCGCUGGUUUUCUUGAUCUCUAAUCACCAUUCAUAUGACUACGAUUUUUCAUUCCUGAGGCAGAUGCUGAAAAAGGAGGCACCGGCUCAAAAACGCUACAGUACUAUGCUUUUUUUGCAUGAUAUUACAGGGGCAGCCAUUGAAAGAAACCGUGACUCUAUUAAGGAGACUAUCUGGAAAGAAGCCAGCAUGCGUACCAUUUGGAAGAUCCUUCCUCUAGUGGGCACCUUCCUGGACAGUGAUGUGAAGAAGCAGAAAGAGAUUUUAAACCAAUAUUGUGUCCACUUUGGAGUGGAUAACAAAUCACUGGAAUUCAUAGCUAAAGAUACCCAAGUGCCUGUUGAAAGGUUGAAAAAAAAACUUACAUCUCCUGGAUUGUCAGAAACUGAGAAAGAAGAAACAUUUACAGAAAUGCUUCUCAAAUUUGGGAAGAAUAUAGGCUCAACCCUUUUCAUGUCCUCUGCUAUACCUCAUUACUAUCGUAAAUUCUAUAACUUACAACUUCAGUGCCUUAACAUAGUGACUGAAGAUGCCAAAGUUCUCCUUAAAGAGACAUAUUUAAGAAACUAG